GCGGGCGUGUGUGCGUGCAGGAGAGCGAGAGAAGCAAGCAAUAAUGGCAGCCGCAGCGAUGUGGUCAAUGAGCCUGAAAGCACCAGCCCCGUUCGCCGUGGAGAGAUCAACAUCAGCGAGAGGCCUUCCUUCUCUUGCCCGCACUUCUCAGCUCAAGGUCGAGGCCAGUGGUAAGAAGAUCAACACCGCCAAACCAUAUGGUAUCAAUGGUGGCAUGGUCUUGAGGGAUGGAGCGGAUGCAUCAGGCAGGAAGGGGAAGGGGAAGGGCGUGUACCAGUUUGUGGACAAAUAUGGUGCCAAUGUCGACGGAUACAGCCCCAUAUACUCACCUGAAGAAUGGUCUCCCAGUGGGGAUGUCUAUGUUGGAGGUACGACGGGAUUGACCAUUUGGGCUGUCACUCUGGCCGGUCUUCUCGCUGGAGGGGCUCUUCUUGUUUACAACACCAGCGCUUUGGUACAGUAAAACUGGCACAGCGUGAAUCAAUUCUCGCUGUUAUAUGUAGCUGCUGUAAGAAUAAUCUUAAGGUUACUGUACUUCGUCCUUAUGUACUGCCAAGGGUCGUGAGAAACCUUAUGUACUGCCAA